AUGGGGCUUGGUGUUGUUGACACCAUUGCCAAGCCGCUGAAGAUUUAUUGUGAUAAUGAUGCAGCUGUUUUCUUCUCCAAAAAUGAUAAGUAUUCUGAUGGUGCUAAACAUAUAGAGAUGAAAUACUUUUCUGUUAAGGAGGAGGUUCAGAAACAAAGAGUGUGUAUUCAAAACAUAAGCACAGAGCUUAUGGUUGCAGACCCAUUGACAAAAGGGUUAAGACCAAAGACAUUUAAUGACCAUGUUGUAAGAAUGGGUCUUGGUCGUAACUCCUAA